AAAAUACUAAAUUUGGGGUAAAAUCUAAUUGGUAACACUGAAGUUGCCUGCAGGUGGAUGACACGAGCGACAUCAGAAUCAUAGCGGAUUAUUUGUCAACGAGAGAAACAGAUGACGUGAGUAAACUGCCAUUUUCACAGUGGUGAACACUCUGUUAUAAUUGCUGGAGCACGAAAGAGAGUAAAGACUGACUGUAAAGCAGCAAAGGAUGGGUUGUUGUUUCAGCUGUAAAGACGAUGGGUCGAACCAGGGAGGUGAGGCCAAUGAGAGAACACAUUUGCUAGUGGAUCCUGUUAGCAACAAUACAACUAUUCAAAGAGUAUCUAGUGAGGAUUACUCAUCUUGUCCCCGUUCCUUGCCAAAGAAGACAGAUGAACAGUCAGCUCUCAACCAGAUUCUUCAGGAGACGGCCACCAAUGUGAUUGAUGUGGCAGCCUUGGACUCGCAUGUGCUUGAGCAGCACGAGUAUCAUGAGCGAGUGAAGCACUAUGCUCAGAAGCUUCAGUCUGGGUCCCGGUGGACAGUGCCUCGACGAACGCCCUGUCUUUUGUUGGAUGUUCCUGCUCCAGAAAAAUUUCUUUCUGCAGAACCUUUGUCUGUUGGAAAUCUUGAUCUGAUAACGAGUGCUGUUUCGAAGGCCAAUGCAGCACUGCAGGAGCUGAAAGUGGAGCACAAGGAAGAUUUGGUGGUGCCCUUCCGGAUCCCAUGAGACUUCUCUCGGGCCAACGGGCUUGUCAUGGCUGUGGCCAUCUCAGGCGAGCCGGGACGCAGCCCUGUGGUGGUGUGCGUGUGAAUGGUGAACCGUUGGCCUUGAGCAAGAAGGGAUUAUUGUUACUGAAGUGUUAUUUUUUCUUUAUUGUUGUACUUGUUUUGCCCUCCCUUGAGAUGAAUAUGUAUAUUGUGACUUUUUUAAUGGAUACCAACGAUUAUAAAUAUAUUAAGUGUAUGUGCAUGUGAGAGUGGUGACUUUUGUAAAUGAGAGAAAGGUGCAUAGAGUCAAAUAUUGAAGUGUUACACAACAGUGAAGUUUUUGAAUUGCAGUGUUUUAUAGCAUUUGAAAAAUGGCAUUUUGUCACUUGUCCUCAUUCUUACUUUAUUGUUCUAGGAUUUAUUUCAUGUCGCAUCUAUUUUCGACUUACUUUUUUAUAUUGUUUCAUGCCUUGUUUCUUAUUAGUAAUGAUGUCUUCCAAUUUGUUUUCUUUUAGAAACAGGGAAAUUAGAAUCAGUAGAAAUUAUGUAAAUUAUUGCAAAGAGGAGGCAUGGGCAAGUGACAUACCACACACAUGCUGGAACUGACCUACCAGUAAGGUCUCUGUAUUAUGUAGGAGUAUUUUGGUAUUUCAUGAAACUUGAGUAUUCCAAUAAUUUAUUUUUAGCCUGAUGUACUCAUAAGAAUAUAAGUCACUUCUAUCUGAAGAAAAGUUUCAUUCCAAAAUGCUUAAAAACAACAAAGUAAUUGACCUGCUAAUCCCACAAAUUGCACAUUGUGUUUGUAUAGCAUUGAUGUAAAUAAAUAACUAUUUUGAUAAAAGCAAGUUUUGCAUUUCAGACAAAGCCACGUGCAUGAAGAAAUUUAUAAGAACAUUGUAUUUAGGCCAGUUGCAGAUUCAUAUUAAUUAUGGUAGUCUCAGUGUUUUAUUGGUACUUUCUGUCAAUUUGAUGAUAAAUUCUUCAGAGUAAUUGCAUUAAUCUUGUGUGUGGGGGUGUUUAAUUGUAAUGUCUUAACUGUUACCAUUGAAUCAUUGAUGUUUGUGAGCUUUCAUUUUCUGUCAUGAUUAGGAAAGCUGGUGCUGACUAAUUAAAAUAUGCGUGAGAGAGCACCCAACUAGGAAAGCCAUUGUAACUAGUCUUUGAUGCAAGUUUUUGUGUGAAAAAGCUUAUUGCUCUGGAGGACGUUCUGUGAAAGACCCAUUUAUUGAUAAAAAGAGAGAUAAGGCUUCCAGGACUUCUAGAGAUAAAUGUUCUUGCUGGGAAUCAAUAGAUAUCCAUCAGGAGUUUGUCUUGCUGAUCAAAACUUAUGGACUUUGUUUUCUAGGAUUCAGUGAAUUAAACAUUUCUGAAGAUAGUAGGCUACUUAAUUUUGAGGUUACAGAUUCUACUAUGUGCAAACUGCACAUUGAAAUGAAAUAUAUUUUCUUUUUUUUAACCUAGUUUCAGGAUCAACAGUUUUAUCUUAUUUCAUGUUUGACGUUUUGAUUCUUGCUUGAGAUGCUUUUCAAAUUACAUCUUGGUCCAAAAGUUCUAGAGAACAUUUUAUAUCUUAAAAACUGGAAAUUUGUACUUCAUUGAAAACAUUUAAACUGUUUUAAAUUCAAGUCGGUCAGGAGCCAUUGUAUUUUUAACCUGUUGACUCUGUCACUUGAGCUGCCUUUAACUGAAUUGUUUUUACUUUCUUGUGCCCAGAUGAAAAUUUUUGUAAAAGCUCCCAAUGAAGAAAUGAAACAUUGGGAAUGUCAUAAAAUAAAUUGAUCUUGCUUGUUUUCGUUAAAAAAGUAGCAAAAAUGCAAAAUUUGACCGUAAUGUAAGACAUCCCCCUAAUUUUGAAGAGGCCUCAUGAGGAUUUUUUAAUUUUUUUACUAAUUCUUGCUAUUUGGUCAAAAUAAAAUUACAAAUUUUCUUAUUGAGAAAAUUGCCUUAUUGCUGAG